AUGGGAAUGCCGCAGCGCGGCCUCAAGUUGCGAGACGCGCAUGCACGGUGUGAGAGCAUCCGGAAGGUUGGUAUGGUGGGGCCUGACGAUCAAAGAUCGCUCUUGCUAUUUCCUUGCCCGCGCCACCAUCUCGUGGAUGCCGAGAAUGUGGAGUUCGAGCUGUUGGUGAUGAACACCAGCCCCAGUCACUAUACCAUCCUGAAGGGCUCGGCUUGCUAUGUGCUGUCCAGCCUUGUGCUUGUAGGGGCCGCCUGCCUGUGUGUGCUGCAUGCAUGUGGCAGCAAUGUUGAGGAGGGUUUGUCCGAGCUACACGCGUUGUCCCCAUCCUUAGCGCAUUGCGGACGGCAGAUCAUUUGGUCAAAUUUUCCCACCAUGUGCUUGGCGGCCGCAACAAUUGCCAACGGUUCACAGAUCUACUUGCAAAAUUGUGGCGCAGGCUAUCAAAGUGACUGGCAUUUUACAUCGGACGGGAAGAUACGCUUGGCAACAGCAUCACAUUACUGUAUUGAAGUGGCCGAUACGGAGAAAGGCAAAGGGUCAGGGCUUGAGCUAUGGACUUGCGUUGACAAGCCAGUGAACAAGUCCGAUAAAUAUUAUUCGGCGCAGAAGUUCGAGUUUCUGCGAAAGGGAGAGAUCAGAUGGGUGAACUCCUCCUUGGUGCUUGAUGUCUCCUGGCAUUUGCCCAAUCCGGGCCAGAAAGUGCAGCUCUGGAGCCGAUUGAAAGACACCUCGCAGAGCUUCGACUUCGGCACCUGCACCGAUCAGUGCAGUCGGCAAGUGGAGUUCCUGCAGCACCGGGGGAUUUGCCUGACCACCGCGGGCUGGCACCUCAGGGAAGGAAUGCGGAUGCAGCUGGCAGACUGUGCUGAGACCCAUCAGGGAGCUAGUCAGUUUCACUGGAGCUUGCGGGGUGGUGCAUUGAAGCUGGCCAUGAAUCAUUAUCUCUGUGUGGAGGCAGUGGAUGGAGAUUCGAGCCUCAGACUCGCCCCCUGCUCGGGCCUUGACAACCAGCACUUCCUGCUGGACGGGAAAUUGUACAUCGGAAGCGACAAGAAGCGGUGCUUGACGGCGGAUGGCUCCCAGCCCCAGCUGCAGCUCGCAGAGUCCUGCGAGCAGGCCCAGGUCACCGGCUGCGAGCACGUCGACCACUCCGGGGGCAUUGCCUCGCUGCCUGAUCCCGGGAGCUUGGCGUGCCCGCGCCAGCUCAUUUGGAGCGCAUACCCCAACCUCUGCUUGGCCACGGCUACGUGGCACGUGGGCAACGGACAGAGUAUCGUGGUGGUCCCUUGUGAGCAGGACGAGGAAUCGGAUGUGUCUGGCCAGCGGCAGCAUUGGAUUUGGGGCACAGAUGGAAAGAUUCGCUUGGCUUCGAGCCCCAGCUAUUGCAUAGACGUGGCCGACCACAUCGAGGAGGACGGGACCUAUCUGCAGCUGAGCCAAUGCAUCGAGGGCGAUGAGGGCCAGCGUUUCACGGUUUGGAAGACCAUCCAGCACCAGGGCAGGUGUGUGGGUGUGGCCGGGAGCUCAGCGCUGCCCUUCAGCAGGUUGGAGCUCACGGAAUGCGGUGGCUCGUUCCUGGUUGUCGGCGAUUGGGGCUGGGACCAUUUGGUCCAUGGCAACGUGAUGAAGGCGGAUUGCCAAAAGAUGAUCGGCCAGGUGAUGGCAGAGACUAUGGAGCGGCUGAGUGAUGUGAAGUUCAUCAUCAAUGUGGGAGACUCUUUCUACCCGGAUGGUUUGACUGGCAAGAGUGACCCUCGCUGGGGCUUGCAGUGGUACAACCGUUUUCCCGACAAAGUGAGGGAUGUGCCAUGGUACAGCGUCUACGGGAACCAUGACACGCACCAUGACCCCGGGAUGUGCAGCCCUGAAGAUGGUGCCCAAAUCAACUCGGAUCUCCAUGACCGGAAUCGCUUCUACAUGCCCAGCUACAACUGGCGCAUCGAGCAUGAGGACAAGUUUGACAUGGACCUGGAGGUGGUGGCCCUGGAUCUGAACAAGUACAUGGACGGGUGGAACACGAGCAAAUCCUCGGAUGAAUUGGAGCUCUCUGACUGCCAAUACUCCUCGUGCCCAGAGACGUGCCUGGAGCACGCGGAGUUACGGGCGCAAAGUGCCAUCGAGCUACUGGGGAGGCGGUUGAAUGAGUCCACCAGGCAGACUAUGCUGGUGUUUUCACACUACCCCACAGAUUACUUCCAAUCCUUGCCUCGCUUCUUGGACUCUUUGCGGCCGGACGGCCGGCGCAAUUUGGCGUAUUUCGGGGGGCACCGGCACAACACGGACCAGGGCAGCACCUACCGCACGGGCCCCCACGACUGGCUGGUGGGGGGCGGGGGCGGCUGGAGCUGUGAUGGCCUGGAGCAGGGCUUCCUGGUGGGAACGAUCGAUGACUCCUUCAACCUAAGGACCGGACCUCCGGACCUCCGGACCUCUGGACCUGACCGAUUCGG